GGGACACCUAUGAGUUGUGGGGCUUCGCUCUUGUCGUCUUUAAGUGGACAGCGCGCAUGCGCCGACUUCCUCUUUUUCCGGCUGGAACCAUGGAGGGUGCAGAGGAGAAGAAAAAGAAGGUUCCUGCCGUGCCAGAAACCCUUAAAAAGAAGCGAAGGAAUUUCGCAGAGCUGAAGAUCAAGCGUCUGAGGAAGAAGUUUGCUCAAAAGAUGCUUCGAAAGGCAAGGAGGAAGCUUAUCUAUGAGAAAGCCAAGCAUUACCACAAGGAGUACAGACAGAUGUACCGGACCGAGAUUCGGAUGGCGAGGAUGGCAAGAAAAGCUGGCAACUUCUACGUACCUGCAGAACCCAAGUUGGCGUUUGUCAUCAGGAUCAGAGGCAUCAAUGGUGUGAGCCCGAAGGUUCGAAAGGUGUUGCAGCUCCUUCGCCUUCGUCAAAUCUUCAAUGGCACCUUUGUUAAGCUCAACAAGGCUUCAGUUAACAUGUUAAGGAUUGUGGAACCAUAUAUAGCAUGGGGGUACCCUAACCUGAAGUCAGUGAAUGAAUUAAUCUACAAGCGUGGUUAUGGCAAAAUCAACAAGAAGCGAAUUGCCCUGACAGAUAACACAUUGAUUGCCCGAUCUCUUGGUAAAUAUGGCAUCAUCUGCAUGGAGGAUCUGAUUCACGAGAUCUAUACUGUUGGAAAACGUUUCAAAGAGGCAAACAACUUUUUAUGGCCCUUCAAAUUAUCUUCUCCACGAGGGGGGAUGAAGAAAAAGACCACCCAUUUUGUGGAAGGUGGAGAUGCUGGCAACAGGGAAGACCAGAUCAAUAGGCUUAUUCGAAGAAUGAACUAAGGUAUCUACCAUGAUUAUUUUUGUAAUCGGGCCAGUUAAUAAAGGACUACUCUCAAAUGGAAA